AUGAAGCGCAAAAACGAGAAGAGGCGAACCGAGUCCAGGAAAAAACGCCGCGCAGCCCACAGCAGCCCAGAGGCGGAGCCAAACUCUGAUAUUUACAUUGAGAUAACAGAUCAACUAUAUUUUGCCAUUCUUCAGCAAAAGAUCAAAAGCACAGCUGACCGACACUGCUUCUGCAUAGAUGAAGAGCUCGCAUAUGAGAACUUCUAUGCGGACUUUGGUCCCCUUAACCUGGCCAUGUUUUAUCGCUUCUCUUGUAAGCUGACAAAGAAGCUAAAGUCAAUCACACUGACAAAGAAGAGGAUCAUAUUUUAUACCUGCGGGGAUCAGAAAAAACAAGCCAACGCUGCCUACCUAAUAGGCUCAUAUGCUGUGAUGCAUCUAAAUAUGACACCAGAGGAAGCCUACAGCCUGCUGGUAUCCAGGAAUUCAACUUAUCUGCCUUUCAGAGAUGCAUCGUUUGGAACCUGCAUGUACAAUCUGGACAUACUGGAUUGCCUGCGAGGUGUUCACAAAGCUCUACAGUACGGCUGGCUCGACUUCUCAAACUUUGAUGUGGAAGAGUACGAGCAUUACGAAAGGGCCGAGAACGGUGACUUCAACUGGAUCAUUCCUGGGAAGUUCCUGGCGUUCAGUGGGCCUCAUCCAAAAAGCAAGAUAGAAAAUGGAUACCCUCUACAUGCUCCUGAGGCCUACAUCCCAUACUUCCGAAAACACAACAUCACGACAAUCAUCAGGCUCAACAAAAAGAUGUACGAUGCCAGGCGCUUCACGGACUCUGGCUUCGAGCAUCAUGACCUGUUCUUUGUGGACGGGAGCACGCCGAAUGACACCAUUGUUAAAAAGUUCCUCAACAUCUGUGAGAAUGCAGAUGGAGUGAUUGCCGUCCACUGCAAGGCUGGCCUGGGAAGAACCGGUACGCUAAUCGCUUGUUAUAUGAUGAAACAUUAUGGCCUGACUGCAGCAGAGUCCAUAGCAUGGAUACGGAUCUGCCGACCAGGAUCCAUAAUUGGACCCCAGCAGAACUUUGUAGAAGAAAAGCAGAACGGCCUCUGGGCACAGGGGGAUGUUUUCCGGGAGAAGAAGCUGAAUGAGAGGGAGAACGGGAAGACGGCUGUAACCAGGAUCCUAUCUGGGGUGGAUGACAUCACCAUCAAUGGCAGCAACAAGAACAGAGCAUCCUGCAAGAAAGAAGAAAAAGAGCAAUACGACGACGAAGAUGAGAGGAACGGCCUGACGCAGGGGGAUAAACUGCGAGCCCUGAAGAGCAAGAGGCAGGCCAGGUCUUCUACCGGUUCUCUAUCGCAGGUGGUAGUGUUCUGCUGCAGCCUCAUGGGCACAGCGUGGCCAGUGUGUUGCCUGCCGUUCAAAAGGUAGCUGAGGGAGGCAGAGAGGGACAGUGGGGCAGAGGAAAGCAGAGGGAGAGAGGAUGUGAGGUUUUGUAUAAGGAGGUAAGUGCAGCUUACAUCCUCUUCCUGUUGAGAUGGUUGCUAUGCCAAUGAAUGGUAUGGCUGAUCGUUUUGUUUUGUUUGACUUUUUUCCUUUUCUUUCUUUGGGUUACUAUGGUGUGAAGUGGAUAUGCACUUUAGUGAAUGUAUAACAUUUACACACUAUCCACUGUCUGCCUCGUGGACGCACUGAUAUAAAGGCAUACAGUUGCUUGCAAAGGGUUUGGAAGCCCUCGGACAUUUGGAUUUAUUCCUGCACUUCGACACUUUACAGCUUCAGUGUAUUUUAUUGGGAUUUUUUUAGAAGACGAGAACUAAAAAUUUUUGCUCUUUUAUUAUACAAGAUCUGAAAAGAGUGAUGUGAAUUUGUCUUUGGCUCUAAUAAAUCUAGUGUAACCAAUCGCCUUCAGAAGUCAUUGGAUUCGUAAAUACAGUCCAGUAGGGGAUUAUUUGAUCUCAGGAUAAAUCUAGCUAUUCUUUUAAAGCCUAAUGUCUUUCUUAAAAAUAUUAGUUCCUUCUGCAGUUUGCCAACAUGUGCCCUUUAGAAAUUCUUUAUGCAGGAUUGGUAACAAAGCCAUGAAGAGGACUUCAUGGUAACCACAGAUACAUGGUAGGCAAGGCAACAUAAUGCUGUAGGGAUACUUGUCCCUCAGUGAAAGUUUAGCUGGUCAUCUGUUGGAAUUAAGCAGCAGAACCUACAGUAGAAGCAAAUAGAACAUGUCUUUUUAGAUGGCCUAGUCAAAGUCCAGACCUAGGUUCAGAUAAAAAAAAAAGUCAUAAAGUUCAAAUUACCUAUCUUACAAAGAAUAUGGAGACAUUUUAGUCUCCAGGUGUGCAGAAUUAGACUGAAGGCUGUAAUUAAAGUAAAACAUGUUUCUAUAGUCCACUCUUUUUCAUAUGAAUUCUGCUUGUGUCGAUCUACCGCAUAAGAUCCCAAUCUACUUUGCUGACGCCUGUGGUUUUAACGUGACAAAACGGCAAAACUGUUUAAGCCCUUUGCAAGGUACUGCAUCCUAGAUAUCUUCUGUUGUUAAGGAAACCAAUAUUCUUUAAAACAGCAGCAUCAGUUCAACUGAUCACAGAUUUAGAAAAGAUCUGGAUUGGCUGAAUUCAAGGUUUUUGUCUUUUGCUUGCAUUAGUGACUUGGCACUAUAUAUAUAUAAACUUACAGUAAACACUUUAGCCUCGAUUUGCUGCAGCUGUUUCAUUUGAUGGUAAAUUGGGUCAUUUUCCAGCUUUAAAGGUUUAGCUGUAGUUUUUUUUUUUAAAGCAUUUCAAUUAUUUCAGGGUUGAGUUGGGUUUGCUGUAUCAUAAGGUUAUUUUAUUAAAAAGCUUUGUGCAUGAACAUCUGAGGAAUAAAAGCUGAUUUUUAUCUUUAUCAAAAGAAAUGUGGGGAAAAAUAGGAGAGUUUUGUUCUUUUUUAGGGGAUAUGAUGUUUAGAUUUACAUGCUGCUAUGCAAACAUCUAAUCCAGGGCUGAACUUUACCAUCUGGCUUCACUAUUUUUCAUUUUCUAAUGCAUGUUAAAAUACAGGGACUAUUAGAAGAAUGCUUAUCUAAACUCUUCUCCAUCCUCUCUGCCUUUUCCAUGCAUGACAUAAAGCGCUAGACCCCUACAGACAGACUUGCAUGCUCACGCCUCAGUCUCCACUGCUGUUUGUGUCAGACAUGUCAGAAUGUUUGGCUGGGAUCAUAGUCAGCGGCCUGCUGCUGUUUCUCCAUUGUUUUCUGAGUGGAUCGCCGUACACACACCACCUGAGCUGUUCACUCCUGCAGGUUUCCACCUCUGCCAGAUUCUGUUGAAGCCGAACCUUUUUUAUGACAUUAAAUUUGGUAAACCAUACAACUGAAACCAGAUAGUUACAGAAACUGUAUAAAAAGACUCUGUUUGUUUUCUCUGU